AUGGCCUCUAUAAUGAGCAAGCUUUUUGGCUUCUUUAGUAAGAAGGGCGAGUUGUCCUCCAGCUUGUCCACCAGAGUGAGUGACAACACGGUGGCAGGCAUCUGGCGUGAGAGAGAGACAAGCGCCAGCUCUCAGCCCGGGUAUCACAUCCGAGACAGAGAGCUGCGAAAGAUCCACAGAGCUGCCAGCGUGGGUGACGUGGCAGAAGUGGAGAAGAUCCUCCGGCGCCAAAAAAGCAGCUUGAAUAAGAGAGACAAGAGGAAAAGGACCCCACUACAUUUGGCCUGUGCCAGUGGUCAUCAUGAAGUGGUAACUCUCCUAGUAGAGAGCAGAUGCCAUCUUGACCUGUAUGACAGCGAAAACAGGACAGCUCUGAUGAAGGCUGUACAAUGCGAGAAAGAGGAAUGUGUAGAUAUCCUGCUAGAGCAUGGUGCCGAUCCAGACCUCACGGACUCCCACGGCAACACUGCUCUCCACCAUGCUGUCUGCGGUCACAGAGUAUCAAUUGCAGCAAAACUGCUCUUACAUCAUGCAAAUAUGGAAGCAAGAAAUAAGGAAGGGCUCACACCACUUUUACUUGCUAUAAAAGAAAACAAACAGCCAAUGGUGGAAUUUUUAGUACAGAAAGGAGCAAAUAUACACGUGUUUGAUAAGAUGAAAAGAAAUGCCCUCAUGCUUGCUGUAAAUUAUGAAUCAACUAAUACAGUCAGGCUUCUUGAGCAAGGUACUGAUGCCUUUUCUGAAGAUAUCUUUGGAAGGACUGCAGAAACAUACUCUCUUGCUAGUGGUU